AGUUUAUGUGUAUAUAAUUAGCAGAGAAAAGCAAUUAAAAUCAGACAAAAGACCUAGGUUUCACUUAAGGAGGAUCAUUGGCAAAAUCAAUACUUUAUUAAACAUCAUUGCUUGCAGGCCGUAAGAUUUGUCAGAUAGCUUCGGACUUCGGACGAGGUAUCAAAUUUAAUUUGAAGGUUACUCAAGUCUCAAAUUUCUGGACAUCAAAUAUCCAUGACAUCUUGCCAUUUUGGGCAAUGACGUCAUACACAACUGUACGGUUUGUGGUAUUAACAGUUUUAUCAUUAAUUACCAAAGUUCAGUUAGAAGUUAAUGUUAGUUUGGUUCUUCUCGUGCCAGUCUCCGGCAGCAGGUCCUAUGGAACCGAACUGUUCUCUGUCGCCGAAAUGGCCGUUUCUGACAUUAAUGCUGACGGCAGUCUGACCGGGUUGAGAACCAACGAUAUCGUAUUCGACCUAAGUAUAGAAGAUACAUCUUGUGACACUGGCGUCGGACUGUUUGCUUUUGUCAACAAUAUUCUUGAUUCUCGGAGUACCUUAGGAGCGUUUAUUGGUCCUGCAUGUGACCAAGUCUGUACCUCGGCCGCUUUUUUCGCCGGAAGGUGGAAUGUACCUCUUAUAAGUUUCGCAUGCGCAUAUGAAAUAUUGAUGGACGUAAGUCUCUACCCGACGUUUGGACGAAGUACGGUCAGUUACCAUAAUAUUAUUUACUCGAUCAAGGACAUCCUGACGCAUUAUGGCUGGGAUCGCGUGCUACUGGUGGAAGGGCACGAGGACAUCUGGCGCGAGGUCGCCGAGUACUUUGUGAUUUCUUUAGAAAACGACGACAUCCUAUCUCAGAUAUGGACACUGGAAAGCGACCAGCAUCUUAUUGAGGAGCACAUGAUCACUCAGAUACCGUUGUUCCGAGUGAUGGUGAUCUGUGCCUAUGGUGUUGACAUUAUCCAUCUGUUGUGUGCCGCUGACGCAGUCGGAGCUCUCACGGGCGAAUACGUCUUCAUCACAAUUGACUACUCACGUGCGGUAAUACUGGAUUUUGCUGGCUGUGACGUCGGCAGGGUUCACGAAGGUAUUCUCGAUAUCACACCAAACGUGUUUCCAACAAAAGAUGAUGCGUUUCUCGAUAGGCUGGACGAAUUAAAUGUCACAACAACUAUCCAUGCUGGGUUGUUGUAUGAUGCGUUUCGUCUGUACGCAGAAGCUCUCAACCUAGCCUACUUGUCUGGUAUGGAUUUUACCUCAGUCGGUAACAUUUCGCAGAACAUGCACAACCUGACCUUUCAAGGUGCUGGUGGCCAGGUCUAUAUUACGGAAAACGGUACCCGGGACUCUGGCUUUGUCAUCAACAACAUCCAACAUGGUACCUACGUACCCAUCGCCAUCAGCUCAGGCACCAAGAUGUCUGGUACAACAACAUUUUUCAACACAGCUGUCAUCUGGUCCAACGGGGUAACAGAUAUUCCUACAGGAAAGCCGAGGUGUGGGUGGAACGGGGAGCUCUGCCCACCUGCUGAAGACAAGCAAGUUCAGACCGCCAUUACCGCUACCGCAGUCGUCGUCUUCUGUCUGAUCGUCGGCGUUAUCAUCCUCUUGAUGUACUAUAGAAGGAAAAUGAAGCUGCAGUCUCAACUACACAGUAUGUCCUGGAAAAUAGCCUCAGCAGAUCUCCGAUUCACACAACAUCGCAGUAAACUCGGCAGCCGAAUGACAGCAAAGUCCUUUAUGGAUUCAUCACGCCGAAGUAGCGGCGCGUCACUGAUGUCCGGUACACAACAGCAACAGAUAUUUGUGACGGUAGCAAAUCACCAUGGCAUCACGGUCGCCAUCAAAUACAUCAACAAAUCCUACAUCACCGUCACCGACAAUAUCAUGAAGGAAAUAAACCAGAUGCGCAGUCUAAAGAACGCUAACGUAAAUCCUCUGAUCGGCGUGAGUGUGGAGCCGGAGAAGAUAUUCUUGGUGACGGAAUACUGUAGCAAAGGCAGUCUUCAGGACGUCCUACAAAACGAUAACAUCAACCUGGACCGCAUUUUUAAAAUAUCAUUUGCUUCUGACAUCGCUAAGGGAAUGAUAUACAUACACCACUCGGCAAUCCAGUGCCAUGGCCGUCUCAAGUCCACCAAUAUCUUAGUUGACAGCCAUUGGGUAUGUAAACUGAGCGAUAUGGCUAUGCCGGCCUUUAGGGAGGGCGAGCGCGAAGAUGACCUAGGAAAGCACGCUCAUUACAGAAAAAUGCUUUGGACAGCACCAGAGAUAUUACGCAGUCCGGGUGAGUUCCCAAGAGGUUCCCAGAAAGGAGACGUGUAUUCAUAUGGGAUAAUUCUACAGGAAAUCCUUACUAAAUCUGAACCAUACAGCUGUUCUCUGGAAGAACCAAACCAAAUAAUAACGAGGGUAAAGGAGGUGGAACAUCCUCCUUACCGACCCAAGGUUUCCCAGGACAGUGCCGAUGAGUCUAUACUGGACCUGAUGAGAAUCUGUUGGGAAGAAAUUCCAGCAUUCCGACCAAGCUUUGUCACCAUUGCAUCUACGCUCAAGAAGUCUAACAAAGGAUUGAAUACAAACCUGGUUGACCAGAUGGUUCACAUGAUGGAGAAGUACGCUGACCAUUUGGAGGAAGUCGUGGAGGAACGCACGCUUCAGUUGGAGGAAGAACAAAGAAAGACGGAGGAACUCCUCUGUCGGAUGUUACCCAGGUCAAUAUCAAACGAUUUAAAGAUUGGCAAGAUGGUGGAGCCGGAGACAUACGAAGAAGUAACGGUGUUCUUUAGCGAUAUCGUCGGUUUUACAGCCCUCUCCUCAGACAGCACUCCAAUUGAGGUUGUUAAUUUCCUGAACGAUCUGUAUAUAUGCUUUGAUAAAAUCAUCGAACAUUAUGACGUCUAUAAGGUGGAAACCAUAGGCGAUGCGUAUAUGGUCGUCUCCGGCCUACCAAGACGAAACGGUGACCAACAUGCUGGAGAGAUCGCCAGUUUGGCGCUGGAACUACUCAACGCUGUCACCACCUUCACGAUACGUCACCGUCCAGAUAAACAAUUACAACUCCGCAUAGGGAUACACUCAGGUCCUGUAGCGGCGGGAGUAGUAGGAUUAAAAAUGCCAAGGUACUGUCUGUUUGGUGACACGGUCAACUACGCCUCAAGGAUGGAAUCAACGGGAAUUGCGUUGAAGAUACAUGUGAGCCCAGAAACGAGCACACUACUACGGUACCUUGGGGGAUUCCAUCUAAAGCUGCGGGGUCCCGUUCCAAUGAAGGGCAAGGGAAUCGUGGAAACAUUCUUCUUGGAAGGAAAGGACGGAUUCAACAAACCGCUCCCGGAAGUUGAAAUGCCAGAACCAACAGAGAACUUACCGCCAAAACCUUCCGCAAAUUCUGAAAAUGUGAUUCCUGAGAAUUCUGAAAAUGUGAUUUCUGAGAAUUCUGAAAAUGUGAUUAUUGAGAAUUCUGAAAAUGUUAUUCCUGUGAAUUCUGAAAAUGUGAUUCCUGUGGUGUAGGUGCAGACAUGCUCUCUGAACAAUGAAAAUGGCGAUGGGCGUCAAUCGGAACUCCGCGAAUGUGACACGCGCCACAUUACACAACCGAGGAGUUCCGAUUACGCUGACUGGCAUGUUGUUGAUAUUAGCGGAUGUGACGCAGACUGUUGAAAUGCUACUAGACAUGCAGACAAAAUGUGGAAAGGGGUAGAAUUCUCGAAAUUUAAUUCUGACCCAUAAGAGGACAUUAUAUAAAUGUUAAAAAUAUUCAGAAUGUUACAAAAAUAGUUGCCUUAUUUACCAAAUUGUUGACAAUAUGUUUAGAUAUUAAAACAUAUCAAAAUAUUUCAUGUUCAUCCUAAAUAGAAAUUUUUCACCGAUCUAUGCUUAUUUAUACGAUAGAUACAAACAUGAAUGUCUAUGAGUUUACAUUAUCUGUUUUAUUUGACCACCACACAAAUACUCGUUAGUAGCCUUAGUUUUCCUAUGCAAUUCAGUUUACAAAACUAAUGAUUAAACAUCUAAUCUAAUUUAAAACGAAAUUGUUUCCUCCAUCCGGGGCUUUAUAUUCAGACUUUGGAACUGUGACAAGUCAUUGUCGAGAAAUACGAUUUUGACAUGAGAAAAUGUGAGCAAUUAUUAUGCAACUGUCAAACCACUUUCUUAAUGUUAUUUUUAUUUGAAUGGACAUUUACUGGUAUCAAAAUGUGAUUUAAGACACGAUGACCCUUCUGGUUUCAAUAUUAAUUGACACUGUCUAUUUCUCACCUCAUAUUCACAUAUUUUAGAUGGUUGAAGUAGCACAUUUUUAAUCGUUAUGACAAUAUAAUCAAAAAUGUUUCUACAUGAAAAUAAAAGAGAUUUGUGUUUAGCUUCACAGGUUAAAUAGGCACACAUGUAGUGCUCGGGUUAUUCCGUCAAAGUUCAGUGUUCGGGUUAUUCCGUCAAAGUACAGUGUUCGGGUUAUUCCGUCAAAGUUCAAUGUUCGGGUUAUUCCGUCAAAGUUCAGGGACAAUCAUUGUCAGAAACCGUGCAAUAUGUAGUGGGUUACGGGUUAUUGAUAUGAGGAAGACACUUUGUAGUAAUGUAACAAUCAACUGGGGGUCGAUAUUACAGAGACCCACACAUUAGGUGUCACUGUUUUAGUUUCUAUUUAUAUUUUAUAAAACCGGAACGAAAGUAUUUAUUUUCGUUAUUCCUCAUUCACUGACUGUUUAUAAUAAACAUUUUAUUAUAUGUUAAAC